CUAUUGUUUUUAGUGUAGUUUUCCUUUUCGUUGACGCACACGUGCAUAGUAGUCCCGUGAAUCAUUGCGUGUCCCGGUUUGUGGAGCGUGUUUGUGUGGAAGUACUUACUCAUCAUCAUCGUACGCUGUCCUGAUUCCGAUUCUCCAACGCGACCGAAAACGACGACGACGACGCGGAGAACACGCAAAGUCCAUUCGCUUAAGUUAACACAGCGGUGGCCGUUCCAGGCCAUCCAGAAAUGCUGAGCGUUAUCGUCCAGUGAAGCAGCAGCUCGCUUUUAUGGCUCCUCAUUCUCGUUUACGUCCCGUUCCAAGGUCCUAGUAGUUCUAGUGAGUGUUUAAUUAAAAUCAUCUACAAAGACAGAGAAGCAGAGAGAGAGAGAGAGAUAGAGAGAGAGAAAGAGAGUGUUAGUGUAGUGGACGGAACGUAUCGUGUUCAGUGGAGUGGAGUCGGAGCAAGCAGUCCUCUAGUCCCCGCAGCAAAAUGGGUGCGGCACCUGCCAAGAAGUCGAAGGUCAACAGGAACCUCAUAUCCCUGAAGAUUGUCCUAUUUCUGUUCUACGGCGCCCUAGGAUGUUUACAUCCGUACCUGCAGAAGCACAUGACCCUGACCGGGCUGAACUACUACGAGUCGCAGCUGGUAACGCUGAUUGCACCGCUCGUGGCAAUCCUUGGACCGCUAGUGAUUGCUCCGCUGGUGGACCGGCUGGCCGGGCGUGCCGGUGCCUCCUUCGGAAAGCGCCUCCGUCUACUGGCCUCACUCUGCAUGAUCCUUUCGGUUGUCCUCUACUCGGUGCUGUUCUUUGUGGUACCGCGCGUCGAACGGGAAGAAUCGAGCCGCUCUUCGGUGAGCUUCGCCUGCGACUACGAAGGGGCCAUCAUCUUCCAGCAGCGCUGCAGCGAGGAACGUACCUGUUACCAGUGGAAACGGGAAAAGAUUGGCAGCCUGACGCUCACCAACUGCUCCUACACGUGCCAGAAACCGGUCGAGUUCGAGAACCUGAACCAUCCGUACACCAAGGGCAUCGUGUUGCCCUCGUCGACCGAAAGUUCGCUCGAGGAUGAGGAUUAUGAUCUGAACGAGGAACCGUUACCGGCCCCGGAUAACUUCAAGCUGGAAGCGACUGAAGUGGAGGUAGACAAAACGCCAAUUCCGGUGCCGCACAUCUGUGAGCACAAGGGUGACCGGGAACGGGAACUGUGCCACGCGUACACGGCGGCCGCUACCUCCCUCAAGUUGGCCACCGUUCUGCGGAGUGCGGUGAACGAGGAGAACGAAACGCACAGUGCCGAGUGGUGCCGGUAUCCGCUCGAUGGGUUCUCUUGUGACAUUCCGGAGAAGCAGAUCAUCUGGAUGAAGCUGCUGACCAACUCGUCCAACUGUACGCCCAAGGUGGAGUGCGAAGUUAGCGAUCCGUACGAUGACGCGAACAGUGUGCUGGCGGAGAGUGUCUGCAUGAGGAUCGUCGGUGAUCCGGAGCUGACGUUCUGGUCCUACCUGGCGCUUCGCUCAUUCGGUGACGCUUUCCUGCUGGCCGUGAUCGUACUGUUGAACGCGGCGACCAUCAUCGCGACACGGGAAACCUCGAGCGGACGCGGUGACUUUGGACGGCAGAUCGUGUGGGGUGCGAUCGGAUGGGCGAUCUCGUACUUUGCCCUGGCCUGGUUCCUGGAGACGUACUAUGGAUUCGUGGUGCUAGCGUUGCUGGCCGCUCUCGUGCUGCUCGUCUCUGCCGGUAUGCCGUUGACACCGCCGGAGAUGUGGUGGCACACCAAGUGUGGCAUGGUGGCGAUCCCAAUGUCCGCUAUCCGUCGGUACGGGCCCGAAUCGGCCGGUCUCUGUCUGGUGACACUCCUCCUUGGUACGUUCUGGGCCGCGCUCGACAACUACGAGGGUGUGCUGGUAAAGACGUACGACAUCCAUCCGGUGGCCGAAGAUUACUAUGGGCAGGUGUGGAGUGCGUUCGUCGUGCUCGGUGCCUUGUCCACCAUACCGGUCCUUUGGUACGCCGAGAAGAUUGUGGAUUUCUGUGGCCACUCGAACAUUCUGAUCACCGCGUUCACUACGUUUAUCCUGCGCUUCGCUUUGCUCGCUUCCUGUGACGUGGCUUGGUGGCGCGUGAUCAUCGACUUCCUCUAUCCGGUCACACUCGGACUCACCUGGUUGACGAUCGUGUUCUACAUGCGGCACAUUAUCCCACGUCGACUCAUCACUACCGGGCAGGCGCUGCCCGUGAUCUUCCACUUCUGUCUCGGUCGCUUCAUCGGUGCACUGAUCGGAAUGUGGACGCAGAUCGAUCAUCUGAUCAUCACCUUCCAGGUGCUUGCCAUUACGGCCUGUGUCGUGUCCGUCGUGUACUUCCUGCUGUACCACCUGGUGCUGGCACCGCGCUGUGCCGCCCGGCUCAACCAUGAACCUUCGGCAUCGGCCCUCAACAUCACCGCACCGGAUGGGGGUGCGAGUGCGCCAACGAAUGGACAGCAGCAGCCGACGCAGAAGAACGGAAGCUAUCAACCGCUGCGGAUCUACCACAACUACCGUGGCCGCAAGGGACACUUCCGCUACUAGGUUCCUUGCUUUCUGCGUUCUCUACCACCCCUAGUCCCGUCUCCCUCCAUACUACCCACGCCCGUCUAGCACAGUUGAUCUGUAUCGAUCUUUUGGUACCAAAAAAAAAAGAAGCAAACUGCAAUGAACUGCGGGAAAUUCUACUCCACAGUGUCCCCAGAGUGUGUUUUGGGACCUGCGCGACACUGCGAUCUAGCCUAUUUAUUGAACGCGGAUAGGGUAGGUGAUUGACGAUCGAAAAAAGAUGGGGGCGCCUCGGAACAAAUUCGCUUUUUAUAGUUUAGUGUAGUGUAAAUUCGAAAACAAAACAACUCAGUUAGAAACAACAGCAAAAAUCCCCCUUUUUCCCGAACGUCUGAACGUCCUUUUUCCUAUUCUGAGAUCCUUAAUUUGUCCUACACCACACGCGCGUGUUCGUUGGCUCUAUGUUAAGGUAAACAUUUCCGUUAUACUUUUUUUUCUGUUCGUUUUAAUUACUUCGUACAACGAUAGGAUUACGGGCGAUUCAGCGAUCGCGAAACGGCAACAAAUGGCCGAGUGCCGAAACGACGAAGGAAGAACUUUUGGGAGUAAGAAAGAAAUCUCGAAUACGCUUAUCCGUUCUUGGCCGCAUGCGCAUCUUCACAGUCACAUCCACAACAUAAUUCCAUGGAUUAUGCUGCCAAUUUCCGUUUACGAUCGGCGAUACGCAGAAAAAGAACGGAGAAGAUAGGAAGUGAGGUUCAGAAAACCAAUUACUCAAUCUCAAACCAGUUAAAAUACGCGCGAUCGUUACGUGAUCAUUCGAAACCACUGCGCUAUGCAGUGGCAGCCUUACAUGUUACAAACCGUUAAACAAAUGGAUAACGCCUCGGAUAGCUCUUAAUCAGCUUACCCAAUCAGACUACAAUCAGGAUCCGCCUUAAUCGAACUAUUUCGCCUAGGAGCGAACUACGAAUCACGACUAGUAUACCGACCUAUUACAAAUACCCAUAGAGAGAGAGAGAGAGAGAGAGAGAGAGAGAGAGAGAGAGAGAGAAGAGACAAAGGAAAACAAAACAAAUUACCCGCAAGUAGUGAAAAGAAAAAGGUCGCCCGAAAAGCUGUGCACGAUUGCCUUAAACGUCGGAAUUGGAAUGGAUGUUCCCCCCUCCCCCUCGGAAGUGUCUUCAGAAUCUCAUCAAAAAGCGAGUAUCACAAUCGGCGACGCAUGAUGUGUGAUUCUACUUCUCUACUUCUUCUUCUCUCGCAGCUACUAACUGUUAACUAGUAACACUCAGAGCAUUAUAUUUGUAAAUAAAUCUAAGCAAUAUUUAAACGAAAUUGCCAACUA